AUGGCAAGCAACGACGGAGACAUUAAAAAUAUUCAAAACACAGAGGCUUUUACUAUCCUCUAGGAUCUAACUAAGCAUGGCCAGCUCUCAUAAGAUGCUGCUGAGGUAUAUCGUCAAAAAUUCUAUCAGUUACAUGAGGUCUUAGUCACUAAUAUGGAGAAUGAACAGUAACUUAUGAAGCGUGCAAGAACUUUACAAAAAGAACUUCAAAAUGAAGUGUUGAAACUUGAAAAAGCUCAAUAGCAAUAGAAAUAAAAUGAAGAGACCUUAAAGGAGCUUAAUAACACAAUCAAUGAUGUGAGAAGGACAAUAGAAACUAUUGAAGAGAGAAGAUAGGUCUUGAGAUAAGAGAUCCAUCAAUUGGAGAAUGAAAAGCAGGAUCUUGAAGGGGAUAUUAUCCAAAAGUAAACUCAAGAGAGAGAAAGAAUCAUCCCAGAGAUGCAGAAAAUAGAAGCAGCGAUUGCUGAAAUUACUUAAGAAAUUGCUUAAAAUGAUGUUAGAAUUCAAAAGGAAGAUAAAACAAACCAAGAAAUUGAAGAAAAACUUAAUCAAAUGGACAAGGAAAAGGAGGAGUUCAAGGAUAAGAUCGAGUCACUUCAGCAGGAAUUCCUGAAGGAGAGAGAUGAGCCAAACAGACUCGGAAAAGUAAAUGAAAACCUAAAGAAGGCAGUUGAUCAUUUAAGAACUGAUUAUGAUUCUGCAGUUGGGAACAUAAAGACCCAAGAUUUGUGUAUUGAGGCUGAGACAAAAGCUAAAAAGCAGUACGAUGAAUCAACUAUUCAGUUCAAGAAAGAAUAAACUGAUAAAGAUGCUAGAAUUAAGGAACUAGAUACAAACAUUAAGAGACUUAGGGAACUCUCUCAAAGUAUUGAUAAAGACAUCCUCAAUAUCACUGAAGAGAGAGUACUUCUUGAUACUCAGAUCAAGGUUAUGGAGAGUAAUAAGAAGAGACAAUAAGAAAAGAUCAAUCAUUAUAACAAAAGAAUCGAUGAUGAGAAGAAACUUUACAAGAAAAUUGAAUAUGAAAAUAAUAAUCUAAUUAAUAAUAUUAAAGAACUAGAAACUCAGAUAGCAAAUACUCAUAAGUUCUUAGAUGAAAAGAAAAAAGAAGCUGAGCAGUUGCUUAUAUAUAAAAAGAAUCUAGAGGAGGAGCAACAAAUAUUUGUUGGUUAACUAGUUAAGAAAGGUCUAGAAGAGAAAAACAUGCAAGCAAAGAUUGUCAAAAUCAGAUCAGAUAUUCUUUAGCAUGAGAAAUAAGUUCAAUAAUUUUAGGAGGAAGAGAAUAAGUGGGUUGAGGAAAUCAAGUUCUUGUCUACAAUCAGAGAAAAAAUGGCCAGAACUGCUUCUUAAGCUAUGGCUUAAGCCAGAGAAACAAAAGAAGAACUCAAGGUGAAGGAGUUAUUAAUUCUUGAUUUGACUAAAAAGUAGCAAGAGACUGAGUUCAGACUUAAUUCUUUCAUUGCUUUAUAUGAGGAGGUAAAGAAUGCAAGAAACAAAUAUGUCUCUUAGAUCCAAAACUCCUCUUAAGAUCUAGCUGAAAUGAAGGAGAGAAUCAAGAUUCUUCAAAAUGAGGUGGAAAUUCUGAGAAAUGAGUCAAGUGAGAAGGACAGAGCCCUUGUAGAUAUCAAGCAUUAAGUGCAAAAAGAAAUCUACAAGAGAGAUUCAUUGAGAGCAGAACUCAAUAAGAAAGACUUCGUUUACAAAAGCAAGUAAAGCAUUAUUGGACAAAAAAUCAAUGAGGGAGAUAAGUUGAACUUGAUCAUCAACAGUCUCUAAAAGGAAAUGAAUGAUUUGAUCUAUAAAUAUGAAAUGGCUUGUGAGUCUAGAAAUUACAUGGGUAUUUAGUUGAUUGAUAGGAAUGAUGAGUUAUGUAUACUAUAUGAAAAAUCAAAUAUUCAAGAGAAUAUUCUCAAGGAUGGAGAGCAAUAAAUAAGAUAGAAGGAGGAAGAGAUUCGUAUGAUUAACCUUGAACUGAAGGAAAGACAAAGAUAGCUUGAGGUAGUUAGAAAACAAAUUCCUGAAGUGCCUUAACUUGCCGAAAGUGUUAUAGAUUUGAAAAAGAAACUUGAUAAGGAAAGAGAAAAAGUUGAGUAACUCUCUGAGAUGCUUGAGAAUCCGGGCAAGCAUCCAAAAUGGAGAGAUCUUGGAGGAGAAGAUCCAGAUCAAGAAGCCCUAUAAGCUAAGAUUUAAGUACUCGAAGAGAGACUAAACAAUAAAAAGGAAAGUCUUCUAGAAAAAGAAUUAGUAUAUGAAGAAGUUAGCAAUCUAGCUGAGAAACUAAGAACCUAAGCACUAGACGGUAGAAAAGGUACUCUUGAAAUUGCUGAAAAGAUUAACGAGUAUAAGGCUAGAACAACUGACUUGUCAAGGAAAAUGCUUGCCACGGUCUCUGAGUUAUCUAUGUUCCAGUCAAAGGCACUUAAGCUUUAAUAAGAAAAGGAAGAAAAGGAAGGCGUGAUUGAGGAAGCAAUGAGAAGAAUUGACUCAGGACUCCCUCCCACUGACACUUGCGAUCAAGAAUGGGAGAAAAUUGAAAGAAAUAGAUAUAGAGAGCAAACAGACAAAGAAGAAAGAGCUCAAAGAAAACUCUUAGAGCAGUAAUUACCACCCACUGGAGUCAAGACUACUGCUUUACCAAGACCCAAUUCUUAUAUGCCAUCAGACAUUCAAAUUCCCAAGCCUUAUGGUAUAUUCUCACCAUUUAUGCCCAGCGAGCCAGGAGCUUCUAUGCGCCAUGUUGUUAAGCCUAAGAUUAGAGAAAUAGAAUAUUGA